UGCAAACCUUUUUGCCAAGCUUUUUCAUCAUAUGCUUGGCCUGGUUUUCGUUUUUCAUGGGACUCGAUUCGGUGCCUGGACGAGUCACUUUGCUGGUCACAUCGCAACUGACUCUUGUGACAAUGUUUGCGUCGAGUUUAUCUGCUGCGAUUCCUCCUGUCGCAUAUUUGAAAGCAAUCGAUUAUUGGAUGCUGUAUUGCUUGUUUUUCCUAUUUUUGGCACAAAUUGAAUUCGUGGUAGUGAAAGUUCUGGACGUUCUGUAUCGUUAUGAAAGAACCGGAAGCUAUUACAACAACCCUGGAGCAGCAAAUUCGAAGCCGUUGAAGAAGAAACGUCCGAAAGACGAAUCAGCUUCAAGUUCGCUCCAAUCAUCGUCAUCGUCGACCAGCGGGGCUUUUAAAGGCUUGGCCGGAAUUUUCCGUCGCACAAACACGACAGGAGCAUGGAGUGUCGAUCACGAAGCCAGAAAACAACACCAGGAAGAGAUCAAAUUGCAAUUGGAACAAGAAAACAGUGACACUGAUUACCAGGAUCAGCGGGGAUUCUGCAAUUUGCACUUGGGUUGGAUUGACGAAAAGGGUCGCGAACGGCUUUUGUGGAGAGAAAUCGACAUCGCUUUUCGAUUUAUUUUCCCGAUUUUGUUCGGGAUUUUCAACCUGGUCUUCUGGCCCAUGUUGUACAAAAGACACUUCUGAAAAUGCUGUCAUUCUUUAUAACGAGGGCCUCAUGAACAGGGCGUUCACAAAUUUGUGAUUUUCUGAAGCUGAAAAAGUUUAUUUUUCGUAGCACUAUCGAAAAUUAUGGCAUUUCUAGUUCAGAGGACAUUUUCAAAUUUUAAUUUUCCUCGGAAAAAAAAAUUUUAUUACAGCAUAUUCCGACUGGAAUUUUGAAAGAAAAUCAAAUUUUUCUCGGAAAACGGUGUUUCAAAAAACGAUCAACUCGUCGUCGAGACUUCAUUUGGACACUUUUCGAAUAGAAUUGCAAUCUUAGUUGGUUUCUUUUUGCAAGGAUCAUCCUCAUUGAUUUGACAUUCUUCAAAAGAAAUCCCAUUCACUUCUCAAAGACUUGAGCAUAUUCUAAAAAUUUUAAAUUCAUCCUAAUUUUUGGUCGUUGUUUUUUCGCCGUUCCUCGGGUAAAAUUACUAUACAGUACUCCAAAAAUCGUUACCAAAACAUAAAAAAAAAACUGAAAAAAUUGUCUAAAUCUAGAGUUGUAUCCUCAUUGAGUAAAAUAUUUACGUUAUCUGUACUUUAAUAGGGACAGAAAAAUAUGAAUUUACAGGUCUACUGUAUUUUCAACGGUGUAUUUGAGUUGAAUCUAAGUUUUGAACAUACAUUUGACAUUUCGAGUGAUUCUUUAAUGCCGGUGUAUUUUAUGGUGACGAAAUGGCUUUAAAUUUUGUCAGUGCCUUCAGUCAUUGAAUUUGACUUUUUUUAUGCCAGAACAUACAAACAUGUAUUUAUCUUGAAUUUUUCGAAGAGGGAACGGAACGUGAUCCAGCAACAAAAUUUC